AUGAGCAAAGUUAAUCGCUCUAAAGGUGUCAAAAUCAAAAGUGAUGUUCCCAGUGAUAAAAUACAAUUAGAUCUUGAUUCUCUGACAAAUGAGCAGGCUAAUGUAUCGAACAGACCCCACAUAAUAUAUGACAGUUCAAUUGAACAACUUAGAAUUACUGAAGAACGCAUACAAGAAAGGCUUAAACAAUUUGAAACUAGACAUUUAUCUCAAGAUCUUUCUGAUGGAUUAAAUUCAAUGCAAAAAUCAAAACGCGUCAUGGUUAGAAAAACUAUCCCAGAGAAAGAUAGACCUAAGCCUAUGCGCAAGGUUGCAGUUUUGAGAAAAGCUUCGGGAGAUUCUCAGCUUGCAGAACAAAUCACUUCAAUACCAUAUAACAAUAAAAAGCUUUCUUUUAGAAGACCAUCAAAUAUUAAUUGGCAUGCAGCUGGUCUGGGUCCACGUUUCAGUCCUGAGGGAACGCUUUUAAAACAUAGCAUUUUGGGUGAUCCUGUUAUAUUUUAUCAAAUUGCUUUAACCCGUGGAGAUAUCAGUUGGAAUAUGGUCCCAAGAGAAAUUCAAUUACAGCUUCAAACUACCAUGGCGGAAAUGCAAAAUCUCAACUUACCUGUUGCUUUAUCAUGUAUUCCAGAGCAAACAAGUCCUGGAUCACAUCCCUCCAAUGAUUCACAUUUAACAAUUAACCAUAGUACAGUAUCAAAUUAUCCAUCAAAUGAACAAAGUAGCAAAAAAUUAUUUAACCCAGAGACAAAUAAUUUACAUUUAAAUGGUGAUACUGCAUCGUUGGAGAAUUGGAAAUUAAAAAUUGGACAACAGAAAUUAAUGCAACAAAAACUAUCUAAUUUAAUGAAAAGAAAACCCAAUGAUUUAAUAAUGAACUCUGGAGAAAAUUUCUAUACAAUACAACUAACUAGAGAGAAAAUAGAUCGUCUUAUUCCACUGGUCAAUGAUGGAAAAGGAAGAAGAUAUAUGAGCGAAUUUUGGAAUCAACCGGAAUAUAUUAGAAAUGCUGAAUCUAGCGAUUUAUGUACAACGAUGACAAUGAAAGAAAAAGGUAUAUAUAAACCACUUGAAUUUAUCAAAUGCCCUAAAGUUAUUGAAAUAGAAAAAGGCAUUAUCUCACCGGAAUGCAAUAACAAUGAUGCUUCAAAAGAAUGUAUAACUGAAAUCAAAUACCAAAACACUUAUUUGAUGGAUAGAACUCAAGAAUUAUCUGACUUAUUAAAUCAAAUGGUGCCACAUGAACCAAUAAUGGAUGAGUUAGCAAUAACUGGUCAAAAAGUUUUAAAAAAUCAAGCAGAUGAGUCUCCUGAUGUUCAGAACGCCAGUAAAAAACCAAAUGAAAAUAUUAUACCAGAAGUUUCACAGAUAUUAGAAACUGAAAAGUCUAUAAAUCCACAAUUGAAUUCGAAAAUUAAUGAAUCCUAUGUCAAUGAACCAUCUUUAUAUUUGAAUGGUUAUCAUUUAAAUUGGCAUUCGAUUUCUUCAAGUCAAUCACCACGAUUGGGUAUAGAUAUUCAUUUAAAUUUCGAAAAUGAAUCUCCGAUAUUGCAAACAGAUUACAUUGAAUUGUUUAAUAAUGGAAACGUUCUUAUAUCAUACGAAUGGACUCGUAUUCCCCGGAAGAAUCAUUUUGAAUUGGAUACCAAAGAUAAUAAUGUGUUUUAUUUUGACUCUAAACCAGGAAUAAUACAACCAGGUGACAUUGUUCACUUGCCAAUCACGCUAAAAGCUCAUCAUGAAGGAAUUUAUAAGGAGGUUUGGCGUUUUGAUACAACUCCAGUCUUUCAAGGAAUGUUGCCAAUCCGCGUACACUUCCAUGCUAUUUCUGUAUGGCCAGAAUAUCAUCAAUUUUGUUCUUUUCUGGCAAAAGAUAUAUUUAUCCGAUUAGAACAGGAAGCUAACUAUCGAAUGGUAUAUCGAAUGCUACAAAAUUUAAUAAUGAAUAUUCAACCUGAAGAACGUCCACCAAGUCCAAUCCCUGAACCGAAUACAGAAGAGGCAAUAUUUACGUUAACUAAUCCAACUUUUCACUAUAAACACCAUGUAAUUCAAAAACUGAAACAAUUUUAUAAAGAGAUGAGAGAAAGAGAAGUUAAAUUUCUUGGGAAUGAUAAUGAAACACUUCUAUCCAACACUGAUAAUUGGAAAUAUUCAAUAACUGAACUAAGAAAAAUGAUUUACAAAUACUCACCUGAUAUGACCAAGGCAAAUGCUGCAGCUAAAAGGGAAGAAGAAUUUAAUAAUUUUUUUCAAUCUGUUGACCAGCUAGUAUUUCCUUCAAAAAUAAGUUUUACAAAUACAUCUGUAGAACGUUAUAGAAUCGGGUAUACUAUCAAUAUUUUUUAAAUAUAUCUUUCUUGAAAUAGUUAUCUUUGAUUAAACUUUUACAUGGCAUUCUUGAUUAUGAAUUUCAGUUGAAUUUUAUGUUGUCAUUAUAAAUAGUACCGUAAAUAUUUAACUUUACACUAUAAUGUAAAUUUUUAAAACUCAGUUGGACUCCAUUGGUCGCUGCUUCUCACUGGAAUCCCAGGAUAUACCUCUCGUGGAUGCGCACUGCUGAGGAG